CCAUUGCUGUCUUCUCAAAAUUGGGUUCUACUAAUACAGUUAAGGAAAAGUGUUGCGGCAAGUUAUAUAAUAUUUUCUCAAGGUAUAUUGGCUUUAUUUUUCUUCUAGCUUUCCCCAGGCCUCCUCAUCCAGCGUCACUUCACGGCAGCCAUGUUUGUUCUCGGGUUUGGAUUUUGACCUCCGUGCCAUCAUUCUCUUUUAGAUUAUUACAUUCAUUUUACAGCUUUUAGUUUCAAUGUUAAGGAUAUCGAAGAAAGCUUCAUUAACAUCAUCAUUAGUACGAUGCUUUAGCACCACAACGCAUUUAUUAAGAAGGCAACGUCUAGUAAUACUUGGUACUGGAUGGGGUAGUUACAGCGUACUCAAGCACAUUAAUAAGAAGCUAUUUGACGUCGUAGUUGUAAGCCCAAGAAACCAUUUCCUAUUUACGCCAUUAUUAUGCAGUACAACUGUCGGAACUCUUGAGUUUCGAAGCAUCAUUGAACCAGUUAGAAACACUGGGUUCAGAGAUGAGCACGAUUUCCAACUCGCUGAAGCAACUGCUCUUUUUCCAAAAGAACGAAAAGUUGUCUGUAAAAGUACCCUGAAUAACGAAGUUGUCGAAUUUAAUUACGACAAACUGGUUAUAGGUGUGGGGGCAGUGAGUAACACGUUUGGGGUUCCAGGUGUCUACGAUCAUGCCUUUUUCCUCAAAGAGAUUGCAGAUGCAAGGAAGAUUAGAAAUCAAAUUCUUAAGAACUUCGAGCUCGCAGUGCAGCCUGGGAUAUCAGAGGAGGACAAAAGGCGGCUGUUGCAUUUCGUGAUAGUAGGGGGAGGCCCUACAGGAGUAGAAUUUGGAGCAGAGCUAUAUGAUUUUGUAAGACAAGAUGUAAAUCGCCUAUAUUCCCAUGAGAAGGUAAAUGUGAGGGUAACUUUGAUAGAAGCUCAGCAUAUAUUACCGUCGUUUGAUGAGAAGCUAAGGACAUAUGCAGAGAAAAAAAUGAAACAAUGCGAGCAGUUCAAGUUACUUCAAAGUAGUGUAACAGAAGUUCAUCAGGAUGGUGUAACCCUUAAAGGUGGAGAUAAAAUCCGUUGUGGUCUGGUUGUGUGGUCUACAGGGCUUGCACCGAGGUCAUUCACAGCAUCUCUUGACUUACCUAAAAACAAGGCCCAACAGCUGCUAGUUGAUGAGUGUCUUCAAAUCAAAGGUGUUGAAGAUUCAUCAUUAUUUAGUGUUGGUGACUGCUCCUUCGUGGAACCUAAUCCAUACCCUUGUACAGCCCAGGUUGCAGAAAAACAGGGUCUUUACCUUGCCAAGUCUCUAGCUCUUUAUGCCGAGGGGAAAAACUCUGAGGUAAAGCCUUUCUCCUGGAGUAACCUUGGCAUGCUUGCUUACCUAGGUGGGUAUCAGGGCUUGGCAGAUUUUCCAACAAACAAGCUCCAGGGGUUUAAAUCAUGGCUCCUUUGGAGAUCGGUUUAUCUUACCAAACUUGGGAGUUGGAGAGCAAGAUUCCAAGUUCCUUUUGACUGGACUAGAACUUUCAUCUUUGGAAGGGAUGUUUCUCAGUUUUAGCUUGGUAUUUUAGCACUGUAUACGUUCUGCACCGACUAUUAAUUUGAAAAAAUAAGACUGCAUAAUUUUCAUGUAAAUAUUGUAAACGAUGUAAUAUUAUCUAUGAGCCUUUCAAAAUUAAAAACAAACCACACCCUAUGUCUAUUGUUUAAGGUUGGGUUUGAAUUUCGAUGGAAAACCUGUCUCGGGUUUUAAAUUUAGCAUUGAUACUAACAGGGGAGAGCGGGGCUGAAUUCAAAACCCGGGACAGGUUUUCCAUCAAAAUUCAAACCCUCCAUCAAACAUUAAAAAUAGGGCUGGGUUGUUUUUUAAACCAGUUAAAACACACGUGCUCGGAUUUGCAUUGAAAUUCAAUGCAAACCCUCGCCCAAGCGUUUUAACCUUUAUAUAAUGAUAAUGUCAUAAUGUAUAAUUAUACGAUAAAUCUAAUCAAGAUUAUAAAGAUAAAUUUAAUUAAUGAUAAAAUUUAAUUAAGGACAUAUACGUCAAUAUUUCUCAAAAUUAUCUGGGAUGGGAGGCUAACAUGAAAAUGCAGAAAAGAUUAUUCUAGCAUCUUGAUACAAGCUUAAAACCAUACAGCCAAGUAAAUAAUCUCUUUCAGAUCCUUUUUUCUGAGGGGGGGGUGUAUGACUUAUUCUCGUCUUGUAUAAUAUAUAUCAUCCGUUCCAACUACACAAUCCCAGACUGGGGACAAUCAUCUUACACGACCACUGUUUAAAUUAAAUAAAUUUCAGUUUAUUUUACA